CGAAACAGUUGCGCGUCUAACGUCGCGUACAUAAUAUAAACCGUAUACGGUAUAAAAGUUAGAAAAAUACAAAUAAAAAAAAAAUAAGAUCCUGUAAAAAUAAAAGGACUUAAACAAAAAACUGUGAUACAAAUAAAAUAAAAGAAACCAAAAAAAAGAAAACAUUUAAAGGACAUAAAAAACAUUUAUAAUUUCAAAGAAAAACUUAUUAAAUUGUGUUGUGUAUUUUUUGAAAACUUAAAGAAAAUGAACUGUUUUUUAUUUAGCCUUUUGGCUGUAGUGUGUUGCGUUAAUUACGCAUAUGCCACUUAUAAACUACAAGAACGUUAUAGUUGGAAUCAGUUGGAUUUUGCUUUUCCCAAUGAUCAAUUAAAACAACAGGCUAUUGCUAGUGGAGAUUAUAUACCUCAAAAUGCUUUGCCAGUGGGUGUUGAGCAUUGGGGUAAUCGUUUGUUUGUAACGGUUCCCAGAUGGAGAGAUGGUAUACCAGCCACAUUGACUUACAUCAAUAUGGAUCACAGUGUAACCGGUUCUCCUGCUUUAAUACCGUAUCCCGAUUGGCGUAGUAAUACAGCUGGUGACUGUGCCAAUAGUAUAACGACAGCAUAUCGUAUUCAGGCCGAUGAAUGUGGUCGUCUCUGGGUUUUGGAUACCGGUACUGUAGGUAUUGGUAAUACCACCACCAAUCCUUGCCCCUAUGCUGUCAAUGUAUUUGAUUUACAAACAAAUACUCGUAUACGUCGUUAUGAGCUGAGAGCUGAUGAUACAAAUGCCAAUACAUUUAUUGCAAAUAUUGCUGUAGAUAUUGGUAAAUCGUGUGAUGAUGCAUUUGCCUAUUUCUCGGAUGAGUUGGGAUAUGGUUUGAUUGCUUACUCCUGGGAACAAAACAAAUCUUGGCGUUUCUCUGCUCAUUCCUUCUUCUUCCCUGAUCCUUUGAGAGGUGAUUACAAUAUUGCUGGUUUGAAUUUCCAAUGGGGUGAAGAAGGUAUCUUUGGUAUGUCUUUGUCUCCCUUGCGUUCCGACGGUUUCCGUACCAUGUACUUCAGUCCUUUGGCUAGCCAUAGACAAUUUGCCGUUUCCACACGUAUUCUGAGAGAUGAAUCGAGAGUUGAAGACAGUUUCCAUGAUUUUGUUGCUUUAGAUGAACGUGGUCCUAAUGCUCAUACCACUUCACAUGUCAUGAGUGAUGAUGGCAUUGAAUUAUUUAAUUUAAUCGAUCAAAAUGCUGUUGGCUGCUGGCACUCAUCUAUGCCUUAUUCUCCCCAAUUUCAUGGCAUAGUAGAUCGUGAUGAUGUGGGUUUAGUGUUCCCUGCUGAUGUUAUUAUAGAUGAAAAUAAAAAUGUAUGGGUGUUAUCCGAUCGUAUGCCAGUCUUCCUGUUGGCUGAGCUUGACUAUAAUGAUGUUAAUUUCCGUAUCUAUACCGCACCUCUAAGUACUCUCAUCGAAGGUACCGUCUGUGAUCAACGUAGUGCUGUAUAUGGUCCUUCCAAUGCUGUCUCAAUACCCAAACAACCGCCAGUUUACAAUAAACACUAUCUAACACCAUUACCCCAAAAACCCAUUCAUGGCACUGUCAUUCAACCAAUAGCUCAUCCCACUCCCAACUAUUUGCCAUCAUAUGCCAGUCAAAAGGUUGAUGUUCCUAAAACUUUUGUUUACAAUCAACAAAAUGGUUUAACCUAUGAAGCAUCCAAUGGUCCUCAUCUCUUUCCUCCCAUCCAGCUGACAGCACAUACAUCGGUCUCACAACCUGAUGGUUUGAAAAAUUAUGUCACAGCUCGUAGCUCCAAUUGGUGGCGUCAUCAUCACCACUAAACAAAGGCCUCAUCUCAUCAUUAAAAAAGAUAUUAUAAUUUAAACAAUUAUAUGACAUAAUGUAUUAAAAUAAAAUAAUUCUUAGUGUAUCGUAUUUGUAAUUUUAAUUUUCUAUUGAUCACUUGAAAUGAUUUAUAUUAUUGAACUUUCUUCAUUUGUCUUGUGCAUUUACUGCCAAAGUUCUAGAACCACAAUAUUUCCAUCUUUAAACUUAAUAUUUUCUUUGUAUUUUAUAAAGUAUUAUUUUUCUUUUCUUUUAUAAAAUAAUCUAUUUAUGCAGCACUUUAUACUGCAUAUUCAUUUUUUUGUUUUUACAUAAAUAUUUUUUUUAUUGUAAAAAUUUAGUAAAAUCAUAUUUUGUAUGUUUAAUGAACAAAUAAAGAACCAAUUGUAAAAUAAAGUUAAAAUAAUAA